AUGGCUAUUAGUCACAGCACUUUGGCAUUUACCUUUGGGAUGCUAGGCAAUGUCAUUUCGUUCUUGGUAUUCCUGGCUCCGGUGCCAACAUUUUACCGGAUUUACAAGAAGAAAUCGACGGAGGGUUUUCAGUCACUGCCUUACCUGGUCGCGUUGUUCAGCUGCAUGCUUUGGUUGUACUAUGCGUUAAUCAAAAGAGACGCUUUUCUCUUGAUUACCAUCAACUCAUUUGGAUGUGUGGUAGAGAUCAUUUACAUCAUCUUGUACAUCAUCUAUGCGCCCAGGGAUGCUAGGAACUUAACUAUUAAGCUAUUUUUGGCAAUGAACAUGGGCUCCUUUGCUUUGAUCCUCUCAGUCACACACUUGGCCGUGCAUGGCCCACUUCGUGUCCAAGUCCUUGGAUGGAUUUGUGUUUCCGUUUCGGUCAGCGUCUUUGCAGCCCCACUAAGCAUUGUGGCACAAGUUGUUCGGACAAAGAGCGUAGAGUUUAUGCCCUUCAAUUUAUCAUUUACACUUACAUUGAGUGCCAUUAUGUGGUUUGGUUAUGGUCUCUUUCUCAAGGACAUCUGUAUUGCUCUCCCAAAUGUGCUGGGUUUUGCACUGGGAUUACUUCAGAUGCUGCUCUAUUCCAUUUACAGGAAUGGCAAUAAAAAGGUUAUUACAAAGGAAAAGAAGGCAUCACUAGAGCCACUCAAAAACAUUGUCAUAGUGAACCCAUUGGGAACUGGUGAAGUGUUUCCAGUGGAGGAAGAUGAAGAAGGAAAGAAGAGCGAAGAAGAGACAGAGGAGAAGAAGAAAAUCGUGGAAGCUGCCGACAGUGCUGUCUAA